GGACUUUUUUUUAUUUUUCUUUUUUUCCUGGGCUUUCACAGCGGCGCAUCCGCGCAUUGGAUUGCCGAGACUCAACUCCAUCGCCGCCCGCGCAUCUGCCUGCCCACCACGUUAUUUUUUGCGACACCCCUACAAAACGCACCGUUCAGACCAGCGCAUUGGCUCUGAAGGGCCCUCGUCGCCAUGAAGCUCGCGAAUUCAGGGACGAUUCCUGUUUACACAAUCUCCGGCGCAUCGACAUCGCGAUCAUUGCCCGACUGGCUCAGCCGCAAGAAGAAGCGCUCGUUGAAGAACGACCCAGAGUAUGCAAACCGCGUGGAGCUGCUACAGGACUUCGAGUUCGAAGAGGCAUCAACAUGCGUCCGGGUCAGCGAGGACGGCGACUGGGCCAUGAGCACGGGCACCUAUAAGCCCCAGAUCCAUUCACACCAUCUCCCAAGUCUAUCCAUGUCCUAUUCCAGACACACCACUUCGCUCAACCAGACGUUCGUCAUCCUCAGCUCCGACGUCUCAAAGAGCUUGCACCUACAGAACGAUCGGCGGCUUGAGCUUCAUACCAUGGCAGGGUGUCACUACCAUGUCCGGCUUCCCAGGUUUGGUCGGGACCUUGCCUACGACCGCCACUCGACGGAAGCCCUGAUCCCCGCGACCGGCCUCGACGGAGAAGGAAAGGCGGAAGUUUUCAGGUUAAACCUGGAGCUUGGGAGGUUCAUGAAGUCGUACCAGGUCGACUGUGGCGCCGACGAUGGCAUCGAGCGGGGUCUCCAGGGCAGCAUAGGUGUGGGGAGCGUCAACACGGUCGCCCUGGCGGAAAACACGCACAACCUGUCAGCUUUUGGGACGUCCAUUGGCACUGUCGAGUUCUGGGACCCUCGAUCAAAGUCACGAAUAGCAACGCUGGGCGGCCACGACGGCGAGGUCACGGCCCUGGAGUUCAGCCCCUCGGGCCUCCAUCUUGCUACGGGAACCAGCACCGGCAUGAUUCAACGCUACGACCUGCGUCGCCCUGUGCCGCUCCUGAAGAAGGACCAUGGAUUCGCACAUCCCAUAAAGAACUUGAUUCAUAUGACCACCUCUUCUCAGGAGAAAAAGAUUCUCUCCGCCGAUAAACAUAUGAUCAAGAUCUGGGACGAAUCCAGCGGCGACCCCUGGGCGUCCAUCCAGCCAGCGGUGGAAAUCAACCAUGUUGCGUGGUGCAAAGGAACAGGGAUGCUGCUCGCAGCCAACGAGGGGCAGCAGAUGCACGCGUGGCUGAUCCCCCAUCUUGGAAACUCGCCACGGUGGUGCUCUUUCCUGGACAACCUUGUGGAAGAGAUGACCGAGGAAGUCCACACAGAGACCUACGACGACUACAAGUUCCUCACACUUCCAGAACUUAAGUCGCUUAGCUUGGCGCAUCUUAUCGGCAAGACCAACCUGCUCAGGCCGUACAUGCACGGAUACUUCGUUGCCUCUAAGCUAUACGACCAGGCCCGUCUCAUCGCCAACCCGUACAUGUACGAGGAGGAGCGUAUGAAGAGGGUCAAGGAGAAGGUCGAGAAGGAGCGGGCCAGCCGAAUCAGGGGCAGCAAGAAGGUCAAGGUCAACCAGAAGUUUGUCGACAAGCUUCUCAAGAAGCAGGAGAAGAGAGAAAAGGUUGAUGAGGAAGCAGGCGUGCUCGGAGAUGAGCGUUUCACGGGUCUCUUUGAAGAUCAAGAGUUUGCUAUCGACGAACACAGUCGAGAAUUCAGGGCACUCAACCCCAGCACAGUUGUCGCCGCGGCCGGCGAUGAUGGCGCGAGGGAAGGUAGCUCGGACGACGACGAGGGUGAGAGCGACGACGAUGAUGGAGGCAAGCCUAUUCGCAGCGCAGACCGCGACGGCGUUCAGAUGCGGGUUUCAUCGUCAGCGCACCGGGGAAAAAAGGCCAACGAUACCGCCCUGGGCUCCCGCGUCCCGAAAACGAGAGUCGAGAAGAACCGAGGUGGAAACUCAGUUGGAGAGAAAUCGGUCACAUUUAUGCCGGCCGGGAAGAAGAAGCAGGAGAGAGAGCAAGUGGCUAUUCGGCCCAAACCCUCUGGGUCGAGGCGGAGUGCCAGUGCAAACACAUUCAGAAAGCUAUAAUACGCCAGAACCCGCACCCAAGCUUGCCCAUUUUAUAUUACGUAGAAAUACACGCCUGACCACCUGCCCGAAUCGCUUGCAGGGGCCAAGCCCCAAAUCUUCCACCGGCGGAGGCGCAACCCCAAAAUCAAACAGUCAUCAAUUGUCACCAGGAGACCACCGCUGGGAGGGAUGCAGCCAUCACUUCCUGCUGAAGUUGCUCUUCUUUCCCCUGGGUGGGGAGCUCAGCCUCGGGCCUGAUGGCGCGAGGCCCUUCUCGAGGUCCUCAGGCCUCAGGCGUGGUGUCGGCGGCACGUCGUCGAGCCUGAGACGGCCCGACCGUGAUUCUUUGGCAGACUUUGGGAACUCGGAGCGCCGUGGGGUCAAGGCCGUCACCACCCUCUUGGCCGACUUUCGAAUGGUCUCGCGGACCUUCCAUUCUCUCUUCUUUGCGAGGUAGAAGAGUACCGACGAAGCAACUGCCACGCAAGUCAGCCUACACAUGCACAUGAGCCUGCCCAACUCGUGAAGGGCAGAAUAGUGCCGACAUCUAGGGUCAGGAUCUCUUACUGCCGAAAACUGCGACGACGGAGACGAUGACGAUGAUGGCGAUCAUCCCGCCCUGCGUGAUCUCCAAGGCCCCCUUGGCACUGCCAGAGGCUCCGGCGGCAUCGCCUCCGAGGGUGUCGUCGGGUAUCGAAGUCUCUGUCGCGAGAGGGAAUGCGUGGCUAGAGGUCGUCGACAUGGUGGGCGGGGCGUGGUCGAAACUACUUGGUAGUGUUGUUGGGGUGAGACUGUCGAGUGGAAUGCUCUUGAUGUAGUGAGACAGAGGCAGCGAGGUAUCCGUGAAGCCGCUUCAAGCGGUCAAGUAGCACAAAAGCACAAGCUGCCCCAGGUCAAGAGGCAGACAAGGAAGGGGAAAAAAAGGGCAACGGCCGCUGGGGGGAGACAAUGUGAAGCGCCGAGGCACAUCGUAUUUACAUACUCAGGACAAUACAGGAACUUAGACGCACACCAGCAGCGGUCGGGCUUCCUGGCCAACCCCAAAGCCGGAAGCCCCAAGUACAUGCAC